AUGAACCACUUUCCAGAAGUCUGGGGUCGGCCGCGAGACGAUGUGUACGGGGCCUAUGAUCACUCAUAUCUCCAGACGUCCGGCCCAACGACCCAUACCCAGCGCCCAAUCGUGACAGGAACCUCCGUUAUUGCUGUCAAGUUCAAGGACGGCGUCGUUAUAGCGUCGGACAACCUGGUUGGAUUUGGUGGUGACGUCUCUGAUAUGCAGUAUAUCGACCGCGUCUUGAACUCCCUAGACAUACAAGAAAACUAUUCUACGUACGGAGAGCAUUCUCUCAACGCCAAAAACCUGCACACAUAUCUGUCCAAACUGCUUUACCAGCGACGAUCCAAGUUUGACCCCCUCUGGAAUCAUAUCCUUGUUGCCGGACUCGACGAUGAGGGCAAGCCAUUCCUCAGCUCCGCAGACUUGCUAGGAACAACUUACUCCGCACCAGCCCUUGCUACAGGGUUCGGAGCCCACUUGGCUGUGCCUAUUCUCCGCCGAUUGUUCCCAGAGGAAAAUGGGAUAGACAACAUCACGAAGGAACAGGCUGUUGAUGCUAUGAAGCAAUGCAUGAGGGUUCUUUUCUACAGAGAUGCUAGAAGCUCAGACAGAUAUUCUAUUGCGGUUGUUACCAAGGACGGUGUGGAGCUUAAGGAGAAUGAAGCUCUGGAGAACCAGAGCUGGGCUUUUGCUGACAGGAUCAGAGGCUAUGGCACCCAAGUCAACUAA